GUUGUUUUAUGCAUAACACGUCACCACUCACCACAUGGAACCUUGAGUGCACGCAAGCACAUACUCACACGGACUUGGCAAAGGUAGCCAGCCGCUGCAAUCAAUGGGAGAUCACCAAGAACCAUCCGCUUGCACGGAUUUGCAGUCUUUCCUCAGUCUCGUCGUCUCCGGCUCUGGGGAGGAGCCCAGUCCACCCCGCUGACAUUUGGGCCCUGCCCUCGUAGUUCGACCAUUUCCGUUACAGUCCAAUCCCCAAUCCUGCAAGCUCAGGUCUUCUCCGGAGCCGACCUCUCACCUCUCUUUCUUUCCCGUCGUCGGCAUGAGCGGUUUCUUGACUGUGGCUGGCAAGAUUGGCACCUUCCUGCUGUGGGUGCUCUUCCUGGUCCUGCAGACGGCCACCAAGGUCGUCGGCAGCCUCCUGGCCCCGGCCGCCGAGGAGCCCCAACACGAGCAGCAGCACCAAGAAGAAGCGGCGGCGCGGCGCAGGUCGCCUCCGGCUUCUGCGCCGCCCCGCGCGGACCCGUACGAGCCGCAGCCGCAGCCGCAGCUGUGGGACCCACCGCCGUCGCCGUACUCGGCUCCUGUGACGGAUGAGUACUCAUCGGCCUCAAGCGCCUACCGGCGGCGGGCGAGCGCCCCGCCGGCCGCCGAGGAUUUAGUGGUUUCCUCGAGCGCCUACUCUCGUUCUGCAGUGGCAGCGCCGCCGCGGGCGCCGGCUCAUUCCGUGUCGGCGCCUCCAUUGCUGCGGGCAAACAAGAAGCCACCGGCUCCGGCCAGGGCAGCGGUUGCCGGUAAGCGGCCCAAGCUAGAGAGGAUGUACUCCAAAAUUGUGGACCAGUACCGCUCCUUGGACGAGGUUAAAGAAGCAUUAGCGCAAGCUGGCCUCGAGUCUUCCAAUUUAAUCAUUGGAAUAGAUUUCACAAAGAGUAAUGAAUGGACAGGAAAGAGGUCGUUUGAUGGUAUGAGCUUGCAUCAUAUUGGUGAAGCCCCAAAUCCUUAUGAGCAGGCAAUCUCCAUCAUUGGGGAGACAUUGUCAUCUUUUGAUGAGGAUAAUUUAAUUCCUUGCUAUGGUUUUGGAGAUGCAUCUACACAUGACCAAGAUGUAUUUGCCUUCUAUCCUGACGAGAGACCAUGCAAUGGUUUUCAGGAGGCUUUGGCUCGAUAUAGGGAAAUUGUUCCCCAUCUUCGUCUUUCCGGUCCUACAUCAUUUUCUCCAAUAAUUGAAAUGGCCACAACCAUUGUUGAGCAAAGUGGUGGCCAGUACCAUGUUUUAGUAAUAAUCGCCGAUGGACAGGUUACACGAAGUGUGAAUACUGAAUUCGGCCAAUUAAGUACCCAGGAGCAGAUGACUGUUGAUGCUAUUGUGCAAGCUAGUGAAUUUCCCUUGUCUAUAAUUUUGGUCGGAGUUGGAGAUGGUCCCUGGGAUAUGAUGGAAGAAUUUGAUGACAACAUUCCUGCUAGAUCUUUUGACAAUUUCCAGUUUGUCAACUUCACUGGAAUCAUGUCAAAAAAGAUGAGUCAAGGCAAGAAGGAGACUGAGUUUGCCCUUUCAGCACUCAUGGAAAUUCCUCUGCAGUACAAGGCAACAUUACAGCUUGGAAUCUUAGGGCAUCAAAUCGCGAAGUCGCCUGAGCGGGUUCCACUUCCUCCUCCCUUUGCAAGUUAUAAUACCAUAUCAAGAGCAGCACCAUCGCGGGCAAAUAGCUUCCGGAGUGUGCCUUCUCAUCCUAGAGAGGAUGCUACUAUAGAUUCAACAAUCACAGCAUCAGUUACAUCCCCACCAGCUGCAGAUACUAGAGCAUCAGAACUCCAAGUAAAACAAAUCCUCUCCUGCUAUCCUCUUUGCCCAGUUUGCCUUUCCAAACCCCGGGACAUGGCAUUUGGCUGUGGUCAUCAGACCUGUUCUGAAUGCGGCCCGCAGGUGGCAGACUGCCCGAUCUGUCGAAGGCCGAUCGAUACAAGAGUAAAACUGUACUGAUUCCCUCUGAUGUCUGACUACUAGGUUCCGCUCAAGCCUGAAGCGGAAUCCGUGAAAAAGAAGCGAACCGUUUUAACUUACUGGUACUGAUGUACUGGUAGCUAGAAUCAUGUAAAGAAGAAAAAACUGGUGUAGUUAUUAUCAGUGUACAUGUUUAAUAAAAGCAGCCGUGAAGGAGAAGAAUAUAACACAGUAGUUGUGUCC